AUGGGGUCGUUUGUCCUGAUCCUUUGUGCACUUGUAGUUGUUAGCAAUGGGAUCCAUGUAAAUACCACUGGUUGCGGCACCUCCAAAGUCUGCAUUUUCCGUCCCCGAGGUUGUGACCCGAACCUCGACUGCACAAUCGGGGUGACCCUUUCCGUCAUCGGUCCAAAUCAGAUGAAAGUUCAAAUGGUGGCAGCGACCAUCUAUCCACCGGUACAACAACAAUACGUCGCCAUUGCGUUCUCUCAUGAUCGGGCUAUGGGAAACGAUUCGGUCAGCGAGUGUGUCAUCAGCAAUAUGGGGGAAUUCGUUGGUUACGAACCGGAAGUUUAUGUGUCGUAUAAUAAAGGAAAGUCCAACGACCGUGUCUUCCUGAACGACGACGAGCAUGCCGAACUUUUCACGGAUUUGUCUGGAGAAGUAGUUGACACUCGGCUAGUUUGCGAGUUCACACAACAGAUAAUGCCUCAGAUUGAUAAUAAGAAUGGCUUGAUUUGGAAUCUGAAUAGCCCUUUUCAUAUCAUGGCAGCUACUGGAUCAGCUCAGCCGGAUGAAGUCAAUGCACAUGAACUGAACCGUGAUUCGCAUUCCUUCCCAAUCACCUCGGACGAGAUGAUCAAUCCAGUCACUUUCGGGAAUGAUUUUGAGCACCCGACUGGAUUCGCACCCAAAAUCAACACAAAUCGCAUCGAGAAGCGAGUGAUGCGUCCAACGGAAGCACCAAAAUCGUCUGCUUUUCUGAUACCUCUCAUUCCAUUCGUUCUCUCCGUCUUCUUCUUCUAG